GCAGACAUGUGUUGAUUUAAAUUCUACAUCUAUGUAUUUGGUAAGCGGAGGCCUCAAUAAAACUGUUAAUAUUUGGGAUUUAAAAUCAAAGCGAGUUCAUCGAUCUCUUAAGUCUGUUCGGCACUUGAAGUACUCCUUAUUUAAGAAAUCACUACUGGGCAGUGUGUCGGAUAAUGGGGUGGUAACUCUUUGGGAUGUGAAUAGUCAGAGUGCAUACCAUAACUUUGAAAGUACACAUAAAGCUCCAGCUUCAGGGAUCUGUUUUUCUCCUGUCAAUGAACUGCUGUUUGUAACCAUAGGACUGGAUAAGAGGAUCAUUCUGUAUGACACCUCAAGUAAGAAGCUCGUGAAAACUUUAGUGGCCGAGGCCCCUCUAAUGGCGGUAGAUUUCAUGCCCGAUGGAGCCACUUUGGCUAUUGGAUCUUCCCGUGGGAAAAUCUCUCAAUAUGAUCUAAGGAUGCUGAAAUCCCCAGUAAAAACCAUCAGUGCUCACAAGACAUCUGUGCAAUGUAUCACGUUUCAGUAUUCCACGGUCCUUUCUAAGUCAAGUUUAAAUAAAGGUUCUUCACAUAAGCCCCUGGCAGUGAACAAACGAACUGUCAACGUGAGCAACCCCAGUGGAGGCGUUCCGAAUUCUGGAACUGUCAGGGAAGCCACGGCUCCUCCCAUCGCCACCGGUCCACCGCAGCCCGUGACAGCACCCCCCAUGACAACAGGCGUGGGGAAAGGUCAAGUUGCAGUUCAAGAGAAAACAGGCUUGCCUCGGAGCAUAAGCACUGAUACUGUAUCCAAGGAAAUAGACAGUGGGAAAAGUCAAGAUUUCUCCAGCUUUGAUGAUACGAGGAAAAGUAGUUUAGGCGACAUGUUCUCACCUGUUAGAGAAGAUGCUAUACUUAACAAGGGAGGUGAUGAGCCCAUUGUCAAAGGAGAUGGCCUUGAUUUCUUACCACAACUAAACUCAGUCUUCCCUCCAAGAAAAAACCCAGUCACUUCAGCCACUUCGGGUUUGCAUUCCAGUCCGCUCAGCAUUUUCAUGGGCUCCCCAGGGAAAGAGGAGCAUGACAACCACGAUCUGGGGAUGGAGUCUAAGAAAGCCCAUCUGGACAAGCACGAGCCUAAAGAUGCUUUCAAACAGUUUGCAAAGUUGAUCUCCUCUGGUGCUGAAACUGGAAAUUUAAAUACCUCUCCAUCAUCUAACCAAGCAAGACGUCCUGAGAAAUUGGAAAAGCCAGAGAAAGAAAUGGAAACCCAGUUGCUGUUUGAACCCCCUGUUGGUGGAUCCUCUACCCCAAAUCCAAGCACAGCAUCCUCUGUCACGGCUGGAGUUGCCAGUUCACUGUCAGGGAAGAUAGCCGAGACGAUUGGAAAUCACCGACCGAACGCACCACUCACAUCAGUGCAGAUACAGUUUAUUCAGAACAUGAUACAGGAAACACUGGAUGACUUCAGAGAAGCAUGCCAUCGGGACAUUGUGAAUUUGCAGGUGGAGAUGAUUAAGCAGUUCCACAUGCAGUUGAAUGAAAUGCACUCUCUGCUGGAAAGAUACUCGGUGAACGAAGGGCUGGUGGCUGAAAUCGAAAGGCUCCGAGAAGAGAACAAACGACUCCGUGCUCACUACUGAUCUGUCGGUGCACAGCUUCACUGGUGAUUUGCGAUGUUUUUGGCAACAAAAUUAGUAUUUUUAUGGCCUCUGGGAACUUUUGUUUUCAUGAAAAGGGUAAUGAUGGACUUUUAUGCAAAUUGCUAUUUCAUCUUCUCUGACUUAAAAGUAUUUUAUUUUUAUAUUAAAAACUGUACCAUAUGGAACCUGUAUACAAUAUGUAAUAGGAAAGUCAGCAGGAUCUUUAUUUUCUGGAAACUAGCUAUACACUAAGUGCCCUUUCUCACAAGAAAAAAAAAGUAUGUUAAGUAAUUGAUUAUGUAUACUUCUUAAUCAUCUUUUUACAACGGAUUUAUUUUUGUUUGACAGAUUGCCUUCCAAGAUGUUUUUAGGUGUUUGAUAACUAAAAAAUUUGAUAUGCUUUCUAUUUUUAUGGACAAAGUAAUUCCAAAAUGGCAAUUGGUGGUUCUGAGCAACAGGAUCAUAAGGCCGAGGCUUGGUUAGUAAUUAUUCUGUUAACAAGGUGGUCAAGUAUGACUUAUUUAUUACUUGUACGUUUGACGAGACAAUAUUUUGAAUUCGUCAUUGCACAGAUUAAAUUAUAUCUAUUGCACGUAUGUUCUGUUUUGCAUUUCUGUCACAUCUCUGCUCCCACUUGUUUUUUGGUUAAACGCGCUUACCUCUGUGAAACACUUAAGGGCUUUGAGACGCAACCUCAGCUGCCUGCCUGCGGGUUCUCUCACAAAUUCAUAACGUGUACGUUGUACUACAAAGUUCCAAUCAAAAUGCCCCGGCUUAUCAACAGUGAGCAUUUGAUAUUGGCUACUUAGUAGUACAGUGUUCUUGUUAUUUUUCUGUCCCAAGUGUGGAUUGUUUGGUUUGUCAUUAACUUUCUCUUAGCCUUUGUGUACAGUGUGUAUAUAUACUAUUUUUAUAUUACUGGCCUUACUGUUUCUUCCUCUGGGAAAAUUCAUUUUCAAAAUGAUCUUUCCCUCUUUCACAGUGGGUAGGUGUCUGCAUCUCCCUGCUGUGGCCUGUGGUUUCUCUGUGGUGUGAGAUUAGGAGGGCUGCUGGUUUUCCUAUUUCUUUGUCCCCAAAGAUUUAAACGAUGUUCUUUGAAUACAACACUCAUGUUCAAUUUUUACUUUUUAGAUGAAAAUAUUUACUAAACAAAAAAAACCUAGCUUACUAGCUUUUUGGUUUUCCAAAGUGAUAGAAAAAUCAUAUAUGUAUAUUUAAUAAUUAACCAUACUAAUAAUUGCUUAAAGAAAUGGAAACAAGAAUACUUCAUUUUCUGGUGUGGCUAAGAGAAUACAUUUGUAUUAAAGCACACAGGGUGCUAAUGUGAUCCCUUUCUCGAUAGAUCAUUAGAGCAUUAUGACUUGUAACAAGUUUCUUUUAUGUCAUUAUCAAACAAGUUUAGAAGGCAUACAUAUGAGUGUGUUCUGCUUACGUGCUGCAUUCAAUUGUAAUAUUUUCCUAUUGUCUUUUCUGAAUGCAUAUAAUGUGUACUAAUAGGGAGGGGAUAAAUAAAACAAUUUUAGUAACUUC